UUCAACUUCUGGCCAACAGGAUCAGGGUGACGGAGACACACAGAGACCGCGGCGGUGGACUGGUUGUUAUAGGAGACACCGCCAGGUGGACUGGUUAUUGUGUGGUGUGUGUGGUGUGCUCUCGUUCUCCCAAAUUGCCCCCCUCCCCCCAAGCAUCCCUCCUCCAUCCACGCAGGCGUGCAUCCUCUCCUCCUCCUCCUCCGUCUCUCCAUCACUCCCCGACAUCCUCCCAUGCAGACGGUCGUGUUCAUCCAUCGUCUGCCCGUUUCGCCGACACCACGACCACUCCCACCCCACAAUAGCAGCCCGUUCCCCGGGUAGAGCCACCAGCUAUACCCGAUCUGACAACCGGACCUCCGUCGAUUUAGGAUUAUUAUUAUUUAUUUAUUUUUGCAAUGUAAAGAUGGCCAGGGUCGUCCCCAACCUGGUGUCGUUCCUCAGCAGCCUGCCGCUCCGGGUGCGGGCGCUGGGCUACUGGUCCCUGGUCUACGGCGCCUCCCUGCUGUGCGCCGCCGCCGCCCUGCUGCGCCUCUGGUGGAGCGUCCUGCUCAGACCCAGCGGCACCUUCCAGUGGGGCGUCCGGGGCGACCCCCCGCCGGCCUGCCUCAACGACACGUCGCUCGGGACCCACUGCUACGUCCGGAUAAAGGAGUCCGGUCUGAGGUUCCACUAUGUGGCGGCUGGUGAACGGGGGAAACCCCUCAUGCUGUUCCUCCACGGCUUCCCAGAGUUCUGGUUCUCGUGGCGGUACCAGCUGCGGGAGUUUAAGAGCGAGUUCCGCGUGGUGGCGGUGGACAUGCGGGGCUACGGGGAGUCGGAUGUCCCACUCUCGGUGGAGAGCUACCGCUUCGAGCACCUGGUGACCGACGUCCGCGACAUCGUGGAGUACCUCGGGUACAACCGCUGCUGUCUGGUGGGCCACGACUGGGGCGGCACGGUGGCCUGGCUGUUCUCCAUCCACUACCCCGAGAUGGUGACCAAGCUCAUCGUGCUCAACUCCCCGCACCCCUCCGUCUACGCAGACUACGCCCUGCGUCACCCCAGCCAGCUCCUCAAGUGCAGCUCCUUCUUCUUCUACCAGCUGCCCCGCCUGCCGGAGCUCAUGCUGUCAAUCAACGACUUCAAGGCCCUCAAGGCCCUGUUCACCAGCCGGAGCACGGGCAUCGGGAGGAAGGGCCGCUGGCUGAGCUCCGAGGACAUGGAGGCCUACCUGUACGCCCUGUCCCAGCCCGGGGCCCUCACUGGGGCCCUCAACUACUACAGGAACGUCUUCAGCUCGCUGCCCCUGACCCAGCAGUGCGUGCGCUCCCCGGUGCUGCUGCUGUGGGGGGAGUGCGACGCCUUCCUGGAGCAGGGCAUGGCGGAGGCCUGCCGCCUCUACAUCCGCAACCACUUCCGUCUGAACAUCAUCUCGGGCGCCGGCCACUGGCUGCAGCAGGACCAGCCCGACAUCGUCAACACCCUGAUGUGGACCUUCAUCAAGGAGGGCGAGGGCCGCAAGAGCCACCGGCACUGACGCACGCACACACUCAGACACACACACACGGGCCGACACGCACGUACUCACACACGCACACGCACAGGGACGCACUGCCGCACACACACACACACUCAAACACAUACACACACACACAAACUCAGACACACGCACACGUGCAGACACGCACGUACUCAAAGACGCAUGCGCAAGGGGACGCACUGACGCAC